CGGCUACUCACCUGAGCGCGCAGUGGCGGCAGCGGGAGGAGGAGCCGCCGCCGCCGCCGCCGUGAUCCCGGCCCAGGGGGCGGCGGCGAGGGCAGCCGACCCAGAAGCCAUGGCAGGGACUCCGGGAGUCUAAGAGGGGUCGCCUUCGCCUCGCUAAAGAGCUCCAGCGGAGAAGCCGACCCGCAGAGGCCUGCCAGCCCGGAGCGUAAAAGGCGGGCGGAGAGCGUGGCCAGGCCAGUAGGCGGUCGUGGGGCCGGCCCUCUCCAGUCUUGGCCCGGGCCGGCUUUGCAGGGCGGCGCAACCGCACGCGCAAGAUGUCCACCCGCACGCCGCUGCCCACCGUCAACGAGCGGGAUACGGAGAACCACACUUCUGCUGAUGGAUAUUCUGAAUCUCAUAUCCAACCCACAAAAUCAAGUAGUCGACAGAAUAUACCACGUUGCAGAAACUCAAUUACCUCUGUAAAUGAAGAGCAUCCUCACAUUGGGAACUAUCGCUUAUUAAAAACAAUAGGAAAAGGAAAUUUUGCUAAAGUGAAGCUGGCUAGACAUGUUCUUACAGGUAGAGAGGUUGCUGUCAAAAUUAUAGACAAAACCCAAUUAAAUCCUACCAGUUUACAAAAGCUGUUUCGAGAAGUACGAAUAAUGAAAAUACUGAAUCAUCCGAAUAUAGUUAAACUAUUUGAAGUUAUUGAAACAGAGAAAACAUUAUAUUUAAUAAUGGAAUAUGCUAGUGGAGGAGAAGUAUUUGACUACUUGGUUGCACAUGGAAGAAUGAAAGAGAAAGAGGCCCGUGCAAAAUUUAGGCAGAUUGUGUCUGCUGUGCAGUACUGUCAUCAAAAGUGCAUUGUUCAUCGUGAUCUCAAGGCAGAAAACCUUCUUCUUGAUGGAGACAUGAACAUUAAAAUUGCAGAUUUUGGUUUUAGCAAUGAAUUUACUAUAGGCAACAAACUGGACACUUUUUGUGGAAGUCCUCCAUAUGCUGCCCCAGAACUCUUUCAGGGAAAGAAAUAUGAUGGUCCAGAAGUAGAUGUUUGGAGUCUUGGAGUCAUUCUUUACACUCUUGUCAGUGGAUCAUUGCCUUUUGAUGGUCAGAACUUAAAGGAAUUGCGAGAACGAGUAUUGCGUGGAAAGUAUCGCAUACCAUUCUAUAUGUCCACAGACUGUGAAAAUCUACUGAAAAAACUACUUGUGUUGAAUCCAAUUAAGAGAGGAAGCUUAGAACAAAUUAUGAAGGACCGGUGGAUGAAUGUUGGUCAUGAAGAAGAAGAAUUAAAGCCAUACACUGAACCUGAACCAGAUUUUAAUGACACUAAACGAAUAGAUUUAAUGGUCACUAUGGGUUUUGCAAGAGAUGAAAUUCAUGACUCCUUAAUAAACCAAAAAUAUGAUGAAGUAAUGGCUACAUAUUUGCUUCUAGGGAGAAAACCACCUGAG